GUGAGCCGUCAGCCUCAAAACAGAGAAGAAGUAACUCUCAGGAUGGUUGUCUGGAAGCUUUGAGUCUGCAAACGUAACAUUUUGUUCAAAGUGCACUUUUCAGGCUUACCACGAUCAGUCGAAUGAACCCGAACAAAUAUAAUAUUAAAGGCAUGAACGUGGCCCACGUUUUACUGCAGUGAUAAAUUGACUUGUGCUUGUAAGUCAAAAUGAAUCGUCCAAAGCCGACGACUCUCAGACGCCCCAGUGCUGCAAAACCAUCAGGCCACCCACCUCCAGGAGAUUUCAUCGCUCUCGGAUCAAAGAACCAGGGAGGAGAGCCCAAAGCCCCCGCUGUGCUCCUGAAGCCAGCCUCCUCUGGUUUACCUGCUGAUCGGAAGAGAGAGACUUCCUCCACCUUGCCCUCAUCAUCUGGUCUGUCCAGCCUCGCAAAACGGCCCAAACUGUCCACCACCCCACCUGUCAGUGCUUUGGGAAGACUCGCUGAUGUUGCAGCUGUGGACAAGAGAGCAAUAUCACCGUCAAUAAAGGAGCCGUCAGUGGUACCUAUUGAAGUGUCACCUGCAGUGCUGCUGGACGAGAUUGAAGCAGCAGAGUCUGAAGGAAACGAUGAUCGCAUUGAGGGACUGCUGUGUGGAGCAGUGAAGCAACUCAAGAUGAACAGAGCCAAGCCUGACAUCACCCUGUACCUCAGUCUCAUGUUUCUGGCCAAGAUAAAGCCCAAUGUGUUUGCUACUGAAGGAAUUAUUGAGGCCUUGUGCAGCCUCCUGCGUCGAGAUGCUUCGAUUAACUUCAAAGCAAAGGGGAACAGCCUUGUGUCUGUUCUUGCUUGCAAUCUGCUGAUGGCAGCCUAUGAGGAGGACGAGAACUGGCCAGAGAUCUUUGUGAAAGUGUACAUUGAAGACUCUCUGGGGGAAAGAAUCUGGGUGGACAGCUCUCACUGUAAGAUCUUUGUGGACAACAUCCAGACUGCUUUUGGGACAAAGAUGCCCCCAAAGAGUAUGCUGCUGCAGGCUGACACCGGCCGCACUGGUGGAGACCUCAGUGCAGGAAGCAGCCCUCAUCCCUCAACCCCUGAUGAGGAUGAUAGUCAGACUGAGCUGCUGAUAGCAGAGGAGAAACUCAGCCCUGAGGAUGAAGGGCAGAUUAUGCCGAGGUAUGAAGAGUUGGCAGAGAGUGUGGAGGACUAUGUGCUGGACGUCCUCAGGGAUCAGCUCAACCGCAGGCAGCCCAUGGACAACGUAUCUCGAAACCUGCUACGCCUACUCACAGCCACAUGUGGCUACAAAGAGGCACGGCUGAUGGCGGUACAGAGGCUGGAGAUGUGGCUGCAGAACCCAAAGCUGACUCGACCCGCCCAAGACCUCCUCAUGUCUUUAUGUAUGAACUGCAACACCCACGGUACAGACGACAUGGAGGUGAUCUCCAACCUGAUCAAGAUCCGACUCAAACCCAAAGUCCUCCUCAACCACUACAUGCUUUGUGUCCGAGAGCUCCUCAACGCCCACAGAGACAACCUAGGCACCAUGGUGAAGCUGGUGAUCUUCAACGAGCUGUCGAAUGCGAGGAAUCCAAACAACAUGCAAGUCCUGCACACAGUGCUGCAGCACAGCCCGGAGCAGGCCCCCAAGUUCUUGGCGAUGGUGUUCCAGGACCUGCUCACCAACAAGGACGAUUACCUCCGAGCCUCCAGAGCGCUGCUGAGAGAAAUCAUCAAACAGACUAAGCACGAGAUCAACUUCCAGUCCUUCUGCUUCGGUUUGAUGCAGGAGAGGAAGGAGGCGACAUACGUGGACAUGGAGUUUAAAGAGCGUUUUGUCAUCCAAGUGACAGACUUACUGACAGUCUCCAUGAUGUUAGGCAUCACCGCUCAGGUCAAAGAAGCUGGCAUUGCUUGGGACAAAGGAGAGAAGAAGAAUCUGGAGGUGCUGAGGUCGUUUCAGAACCAGAUAGCAUCCAUCCAGAGAGAUGCUGUGUGGUGGCUUCACACAGUUGUUCCUACCAUCAGCAAAGUUGGCGCAAAAGACUACGUGCACUGCCUUCAUAAAGUGCUUUUCACUGAGCAACCUGAGACGUACUACAAGUGGGACAACUGGCCUCCAGAGAGUGACAGAAAUUUCUUUCUUCGCCUCUGCUCUGAGGUGCCUCUGCUAGAGGACACGCUGAUGCGCAUACUUGUGAUCGGUCUGUCACGUGACUUGCCCUUGGGUCCGGCUGAUGCCAUGGAGCUUGCAGAUCACCUGGUGAAGAGAGCUGCUGGAGUUCAGUCUGAUGACUCCCUAUGUUCAGAUCUGGAGGUCGUGAAAGUGGAGAGGAUCCAGCUCAUCGAUGCCGUGUUGAAUCUGUGUACAUAUCACCACCCAGAAAACAUUCAGCUACCUGCAGGGUACCAACCUCCAAAUCUGGCGAUAUCCACUCUGUACUGGAAGGCAUGGCUGCUGCUGCUUGUAGUGGCUGCAUUCAAUCCUCAGAAAAUAGGUUUGGCUGCCUGGGACGGCUAUCCUACUCUAAAAAUGCUCAUGGAGAUGGUGAUGACAAAUAACUACAGCUACCCUCCAUGCACCGUCGCGGACGAGGACACAAAGACAGAGAUGAUCAACAGGGAACUGCAGAUCUCCCAGAGAGAGAAACAAGAGAUCCUGGCCUUCGAGAGCCACCUGGCUGCAGCCUCCACCAAACAGACCAUCACAGAGAGCAACAGCCUGCUGCUGUCUCAGCUUACCAGUCUGGACCCACAGGGUCCACCUCGUCGACCUCCUCCGGCGGUGCAGGAGCAGGUAAAAACCCUCAACCAGUCACUGCGUUUGGGACAUCUCCUCUGCCGCAGUCGCAACCCUGACUUCCUCCUCAACAUCAUCCAGAGACAGGCCUCCUCUCAGUCCAUGCCCUGGUUGGCUGAUUUGGUCCAGUCCAGUGAGGGGUCUUUGGAUGUGCUUCCGGUGCAGUGCCUGUGUGAGUUCCUUUUGCACGAUGCUGCCGAUGACAGUCUGCCGAUAGAUGACGAUGACGAGGGAGAGAGCAAAGAGCAGAAAGCCAAGAAGAGACAAAGACAACAAAAACAAAGGCAGCUGCUCGGGCGUCUCCAGGAUCUUUUAUUGGGUCCUAAGGCUGAUGAGCAGACGACAUGUGAAGUGCUGGACUACUUCCUUCGACGCCUCAGCUCUUCACAGGUGGCAUCGAGAGUCCUAGCCAUGAAGGGUUUGUCGCUGGUCCUGAUUGAAGGAGGCUUGAAAGAUGGAGAGGAACGGGACCAGCCCAUGGAGGAAGACUCUGCAGACGCUGAGCUCUUGCCAGGAUAUCAGUGGCUAUUGCAAGACCUCCCAAAGCUGCCAUUAUUUGACAGCGUCAGAGGCAUGACGUCCACCGCCUUGCAGCAGGCUAUACAUAUGGAGACAGAUCCACAGACUAUCAGUGCCUAUCUCAUCUACCUAUCCCAGCAUGCACCAGUGGAAGAGCAGUCCUCUCAUAACGACCUAGCUCUGGAUGUUGCCAGACUCAUCGUGGAGCGCUCCACCAUCAUGAACAGCCUCUUCUCCAAACACUCCUGCAGACCAGAGUCGGAUGCUGUUCUCAGCGCCUUCCUCACAAUUUUCUCGUCGUACAUCAAAAGGAUGAGGAAGACCAAAGAGGGAGAGGAUCUUUACAGCUGGUCAGAAUCUCAGGAUCAGGUGUUUCUACGUUGGACCACAGGAGAGACCGCUACAAUGCACAUUCUUGUCGUCCAUGCUAUGGUUAUCCUGCUGACGCUCGGGCCUCCCAAAGGUUGUCUUAUUCACACCACAGAUCAUUAUGUGCAUGUUACAGAAGCUUUAACAACAUUUUUAUCUUUUCUUUUUUGUAAAGGAGAAAGUGAUUUCUUUGCUCUGUUGGACAUUUGGUUCCCUGACAAAAAACCUCUACCCACUGCCUUCCUGGUUGACACAUCCGAAGAGGCCCUCCUUCUGCCUGAUUGGUUGAAACUGAGGAUGAUACGAUCAGAGGUUGCUCGACUGGUUGAUGCAGCUUUACAUGACCUGGAGCCUCAGCAGCUGCUGCUGUUUGUCCAGUCCUUUGGCAUUCCUGUCUCCAGCAUGAGUAAACUCCUGCAGUACUUGGACCAGGCGGUCUCCCAUGAUCCACAGUCGCUGGAGCAGAACAUCAUGGACAAGCACUACAUGGCUCACCUGGUUGAAGUGCAGCAUGAGCGAGGAGCCACUGGGGGGCACACUUUUCAUUCUUUACUGAGCUCAUCUCUUCCUCCAGACAGAGACUCUGCUGAAACGAGUAAGGCCAAAGUCACCGUGGAAACACCCCACAGCUCUGUGAAGAUGAGAGGAGCCAGUCAGCUUCCUGCUGUCGGGCCAGAUGAUGAUCUGCCUGGCAUGUUGCUUCAGAUAUUCCCCUUAAAGGUGGACCCUCGCUGGCACGGCCCCCCUCCCUCCCAGCUCUCUCUGGCUCUGCAGCAGGCCCUUGCUAAAGAGCUGAUGCGGGCCAAGCAGGGACAAAUCCAACAGGCUGGGUUGGCCUUUAGGCUUCUCCAGGCCUUUGUAGCUCUGCUGUCGUCUACUCAUGCGGGGCAAAUAAUCAUGUCCAUGCACCGAAGCCAUGCACUGUCCUGUCCUCUCAUGCGGCAGCUUCACCUUUAUCAGUGUCUGGUGUCGCAGGACCAUUCCUUCUCCUCGCUGUUCCUUAAGGUUGUUGUUGAGAUGUUAAUCUGGUUGGACAACCCAACUGUGGAGGCAGGACCUCUGAAGACUCUGCUCAAAUCCUUCGCUGGUCAGAACACUCACAAACACAGGCACAGUGACGUGCGCACAGGUUUCCUCCACUUGGCUGAGGCUUUGGCUUAUCACAGAGAUACUGAAGUUCCCCUCAGAGCCAUCAUUGCAAUGCUGAAGGGUGGAGACAGAUGCAAUGCAGAGGCGGAGCUUAUUGGAAAAGUGUUACAGGGUCUGAUGGAGGUUAGGUCCCCGUACCUGGAGGAGCUCCUGUCUCUGUUGAUGACUGUCGGAACACAGAAUGGGACGGCCGGCUCUGUUGCCACGGUGAUUUCCUUGCUGCUUCAGGAAACCGAGGACCGAACUGUGAAAAAGGACGCCGAUUCUAACAACUGUGAGGUGACAAAGUCAGGACUGAGCUCCGGGCUGCUGGUUGACUGGCUGGAGCAUCUGGACCCUGAAGUCACUUCGGUGUGUCCAGACCUACAACAGAAACUUCUGUUUGCCCUCAACAAGGCCCGAGGAACCCCUGCAUACAGACCGUAUCUCUUGGCAGUGCUUACACAUCAGUCUAACUGGUCCACCCUCCUGCAGUGUAUCAGCGCUCUACUCGGCAAACGCAGAGACUACAAACUUGACCCAUCAUCUGCUUUGGAUUUCCUGUGGGCAUGCAGCCACAUCCCUCGGAUCUGGCAAGGGCGUGACCAGAAGAUCCCCCAAAAGAAAACAGAGAAGUUUGUGUUGCGACUCAGCUCAGAGGAGCUCAUCAGCCUGGUGGACCUGAUCUUGUCGGAGUCAGAGCUCAACAGUCGGGAUUCACCCCAUGAUGACAAAAGCAGCCUAGACCAGGCCUCCUGCUCCCUCAUCCAGUCCAGGCUGCCCCUCCUUCACUCCUACUGCAGCGGGGAGCUGGAAAACAUCAAGAAAGUCUCAGAGUACCUCAUCAACUGCACAAAGAAAUGGGAGGACAGUGCGAUGAGUAAGAGGUGCCAAAACCUGCUGCUGCAGAUCUAUCUGCACUUCCCGGAGGUCAUCCAGCACGUUACCCUUCCUGAGGGCACCUUCAGCAGCGGAGGGGCUGCAUACGGCACCAGCUGCAAGCUUGAUGUCCUGGUGCAUCGCCUGGUCUCACUCCUUGCUGAUAUUGGAGACUCAAAGUCAGCAGAGAACCGUGCAUCUGAUGCUAACCUUGCCUGUAGAAAGCUGGCUGUGUCACACCCUGUCCUUCUGCUCAGACACCUGCCGAUGAUUGCAGGUCUCUUACACGGUCGAAUUCACCUCAACAUGCAGGAGUUCCGGCAGCAGAACCACAUGAUGUUCUUUAGCAAUGUGCUUGCCAUACUGGAGCUGUUGCAGCCGCUUCUUUUCCACAGCGACCACCAGAGGGCGCUUCAAGACUGCCUUCUGUCCUUUAUGAAGGUCCUUAAGAACUUUCAGAGGACUCGUUCUCCGUUGGUCUUUAUCAACAAGUUUUUGCAGUUCACCCAGAAGUACAUCACUCAUGAUGCAGCAGCUGCCAUUCCUUAUUUACAGAAGCACUCUGGCAUCUUGCAGACUUUGUGUGCAGAAAAUCCAGACCUGGUUCAGCUGAAGUCUCUGCUGGCUGGACUCACUUUGCCUGUGAAAAGUUCUUCUAACGAGGAGGCACCCGAAGAGGGAGAGGAUGACAUGGCCACUGGUUCCCUGCCCCUCGUCAACAUAUCUGCGUCUGUUUCCCUGAGCGCGGCUGACAUGACAACGUACCUGAAAAAGAUGUCGAGAGGAGAGGCAGUCGAGGAUGUGUUGGAGGUGUUGACAGAGGUGGAUGAGAAGUCGAGGAGGAGCCCAGAGAUCAUCCAGUACUUCAUUAACGAUCUGCAGAGACUCAUGGCUUCCUCUGAGGACUUGUGUCGGAACAUGGCCUUCAGUUUGGCCCUGCGCUGCAUCCAGAAUAAUCCCUGCCUAGCAACAGACUUCCUGCCAACUUUCAUGUACUGCAUGGGCAGCGGUAACUUUGACGUGGUACAGACUGCUCUCAGGAAUCUUCCAGAAUAUGUGCUCCUCUGUCAAGAGCACGCAGACAUCUUGCUCCACAAGGCGUUCUUAGUGGGAAUCUACGGACAAAUCGACACCAGUUCAAUGAUCGCUGAGUCAAUGAAGGUCCUUCACAUGGAAGCAACGACGUAACUUCAAAACGUUCAACUUCACAACCAAUUGAAAACAGUGUCAUUAAUUUCCUGCAUUCCAGAGCUAGAUGAUUAUUUUUCUAUUGUCUUCAGUCCCCAAAUUACUCUAAUUUGAUCACUGCAGAUUAAAGAACUCUGGUUCUUCAGUGUAACAGAUGAAAGGGUUCUGCAGUGAGCUGGUGGUAAUAUAAUAACUUGUGGAUAAUUUAAUGACUUCAAAGUGUUUAAAUUCCCUCUAAAGGAGUAGAGAAUGUUAUAAUUAAAACCAUAAAAUCACUGUUAUUGUAUUAAUUCCAUAAUUAAGGCAUUUAUUGCUUUUCAAAUGAUGUAAGUUAUUUUACACUAAUGAUGUAAAACAUUAAGUAGUAAUGAAAAAAGAUAGCAAGAAUUGAAAUAUUAUAUGUUAAUUAUAUUAAAGACUCGCCAUAAAAUUGAUGUAUGAAAUUUGAGUCGUUCAACAGAACUCAGUGAAUAGUUUAAAAAUGACUUAAAUGUAUUAUUUCAAUUAUUUAAAUAUUAAAAUUGGAAAUAACUAUUACAUUUUGAUACAUCUUUAAGGGAGUUUUUUCUAACUUCUGCAAGUAUUUGAUCAUCUACAAAUUAUUAUUACUACUACACAGCUCAUUGCAUUUUGUCAGGUUGAUCAAAAAAAAAUGAAAUAACAUAAAUUCACAGUUAAAAAUCUGGAGGCAUAAAUAUACUAUUUUUAGCUAACAUCUAAGAAAGAUAGUUUGGUAGCAAUCUUAUUCUAAUUUUCCUCUGCAUUAUUUUGUUCAUUUAUGAAGUCCAAACUGGGAUUUCUGACUUUAUUGCACAAGAAUUAUUACUUCAGCAACUUUUUUUUUCCAUGUUUACAACUUUGUGUCGUAAAACCGGAAUGUGUCAUGAAGCUCAAGUUAACAGGGUAAAAAGGACAAAAUGAUUACAUUUUAUUUUUCUGCCUGCCUUAGUAAUUCUCAAUUUUUUAGUGGCUAAAGUUAACCUGCCAUUUGUUUUUAAGUCACAUUGCUUUACUGUUACCUGAACACCACUUGUGAGUCACCGUCAUGAGAGCUGAAUAAAAUAACUUUUGGAAUCUG